UUGUUCUGGAUAUAAAACUAUCGAAGAAAAGCUUUUACGAUUUGAUUUAAGUUGAAUGCUAACUUAGAAACAGAGCAAAAAAACCCAUCGAAUUAUCUGUUAGAUUUUGGUCGAAUAUGUGGUGAAGACUAGAGUUAACAGCAUCAUCUGCACUGGAAAAACCGAAAUAUUCCACACAUCGUUUCAACCGAGGGAGUUCUCCACAGGAGCUGAAUCUGAAAUCUGACAGAAUGGCAUCUCAGGUUGAUGAUAUCACGCCGCAUCUAAACCUGCGAGAACAUUGGCACAAUACCUUUGACGAAAUCUUCCAGGAUUUCGAUCCGGACGAGUGGACACUGGAGCCAACUAUCGGUGACAUGUCGAACGAAUGGCGAAGGUUUAAAAACGGAGCCAAAGUUAAAUUCCGCUGCGAAUGCGGGAAUAGCUGGACGUCUAUGGCAGGCAUAGUUAUAUUUUGGUUCAAGAAAAUUGGUGAAAGUGAGGCGAGAAAUCAGUAUUCCUUGAGGUUUAAGGUGUACGGCCAGCAGUGCAGGAGUUGUGAUGAUGAAGAUUUCCAAAAUCCGAGAUGGUACAAAGAAGAGGUUACAAGAGUACUAAAGAACGUUCACCAGAAAAUAGGAGAAGCAUUCUACAGCUUUUCGAGUAAGGAACCUGACAACAAUAAAAGGCACGGCAGGCCGCGGCAGCCACACGACUCCAGACGCUGUCAAGCUUGCAGGGAAGGGCAUUGUAGCAGAUGAGCUAUUAUCUCAGCUCGUCUGAAAAAAAAAACUUUUAAUUCAAUUAAAUAAGAAUUUAAAAAUGCAAUGAACUAAAUGCCAAAGUUGAAUGACAUGUUUUGAUGGUAAAGUCACGAUUAUAACUCUGUUAUAACAAAUGCUUCUUUUUGUCCCUGCUGAUGAAAAUAAUAUCAACUCUCGGUGAAAACUGAAACUGGUUUCAACUCGACUGAUGAACUUUUUCAAAUUACUUUCAGUGACAUCUUUUAGGUCAGUAUUCCCAUUUCUUGACCAAUCAAAUACAAAGUUAGUCCGGGAGCCCGUGACGCCAAAGUAAUCACGUGACAGUAAACUGCAGGUGUGUUUGUUGGCUCUUCGAUUAGCUGAAAAGUUUGCACAUGAUGACGUCACCCAACAGUGACAAACAUUGAAGAUCAAUGCAUUAUCAAUCAAGGAGACCGUGUUUUAAAUGCUAGUUGUUUUAAUGAAUUAAAUGACCUAUAGUUCACCGAGACUAAUGUAUGGUCUUUUUUCUUUGGUCAGAGUUUGAAUAACGUUAUAGAAAUUACCAGUGAACUCACAAUGUGUGAGGAAUUCCUUCACUAAGAUUAUUUAUUUUCACAUUAAAUCUAUCAUUUAUUUUAUACCUGAAAUAAGUCGAAUAUUUUAUGAAGUGUCAUUCAAUCAGCGUUCGUCCCUCGAACUCGCGGAGGAAGACACAUGGAAGAAUGAAAAUGAAAAACUGAGAGAAUGUCAGUUUAUGUGGUUGUUUUGCACGAGGCUAUAAAGAACAGUUAUGACGCAUAGUAGCAUUUUAUAAACCUAUAUGAUAGGUGUAUCUCGACCCGGUAGUGAAAUAUUAAUAAAAGCUAUGGCUACUUACAAUGAAA